AUGGGCUUCUCAUCCGUCCCUAUGCGAAUGCAGAUUGAGCGAGAAGCUGGCACCAGGCUGAAGAUCAUCGUGGUGGGUGCCGGGCUCGGCGGGCUCGCGACCGCAAUAUCAUGCCGGCUUGCUGGCCAUGAAGUCACCGUCCUCGAAUCGGCCGCCGCAAUGGGCGAGAUCGGGGCAGGCCUCCAGACGUUGGCCAACUCGUCCCGAGUACUCAUCUCUUGGGGAAUGGGCGAACAACUCAGCCGGUGUGCGACGACGCCUCGGCUCUGCAACAUGAUCGGAUGGCGAGGUGAAACCAUUUCGACGUGGGAUAUCCACAAGUCUACGCGCGAGGAAUGGGGCAGUCCGUACUGGGAUCUGCAUCGCGUCAGUCUGCAUCAGUGUCUCUGGGAUCGAGCGGUGGAAUUGGGUGCCGAAGUGCGGGCCAAUUCACGAGUGACCGACGUCAGGGUCGCAGCGGACGGAAGUUAUGCGACUGUGGUUGUACAGCAAGGAGAGCGAGGAAUUCGCGCCUCUGUGGACGCAGAUCUUGUCGUCGGUGCAGAUGGCGUCAGAAGCCACUGUCGUGAUCUUCUGGUUGGAAGAGACGACCCCCCGGCCAAGUCGGGCGACAUGGCGUACAGAGUUCUCCUCAACACCGACGACAUGCUCAAGGAUCCCGAAUUGAGAGAUUUCGUGCUGGAUCCGCAAGUCAACUACUGGAUCGGGCCUGAAUGCCAUGUCGUGUCGUAUGUCCUGAGAGGAGGCAAACAAUUCAAUAUGGUCCUCCUGGUCCCCGAUGAUUUACCAGAGAACCUCGUGACGCAGGAGGGGAACGUCGAAGUCAUGCAAUCUUUAUUCAAAGAUUGGGAUCCUAGAGUUCGCAAGAUCCUGUCGACCUGUUCGCAAGUCAAGAAAUGGCGUCUCUGUACCCGAACACCCACCCCGAGCUCCCCGUCCUGGUACCAUCCUAGCGGAACUUUCGUCCUGCUCGGUGAUGCCGUCCACGCGACACUCCCUUACCUUGCGAGCGGGGCCGGCAUGGCCAUCGAAGACGCCUCUGUGCUGGGCCUCUGCCUCGCACGGAUAUCCUCUGCCUCCACACCCCAAGAGAAGCUGCAUGCCCUGAGAGUGUACGAGAUGUGCCGAAAACCGCGCACCCAACGCGUCGUCGAGAAGGCGUAUGAGAGCCAGUAUCUAUAUCAUCUUCCCGAAGGUCCGGAGCAGAGGGAGCGGGACCGAAAGAUGAAGGCCUUUGAGGACGCGUACCGUACCCAAGGGAAUGGAGCAGUUCCCCAGGGGUUAAAGCGGGGGGACGAUCCGUUCGCUUGGAGGAGCGGUGGGGUCGGAAAGUGGCUGUUUGAGUAUGACUGCGAAUUGGAUGUAGAGAGGUGUUGGCCUUUGCUGCAGGCUGAGGAAGAGGCUGCUGCAAGGAUGGCUGCUCGCACAGGCUCAAACAAGCUCGGCUUGGGGUUGGUGGCGACUGCGAGACUGUAA